GGGAGACGCGCGGCUGAGGGGGAUGUGAUUGGAGACCCUCGUCUGAAGGACCCUCUAUAACAUGGCGAAGAGCUGCUUCGAUUGCGCCGAGAAAAACCCGGCUCACAGUCUCUGCACCCACUGCAAUAAAUGGCUGUGCAGCACAUGCGCCGAGCAGCACCGACACGGCAAGGCGGCCGGCGACCACUACCUGCCGGCGUCUCAAAGAGCAUCUGCAGGGGCAGAUGGCGGAUCCGGGGGCUUCCUGUUUUGUCAUCUUCACAGCCAAGAGACCCUGAGGUUGUUUUGUGAGACGUGCGACCUUCUCAUGUGCCGUCACUGCCUGCUCCUGGAACACAAAGACCACAGGUUCCGGCGCCUGGACGAAGCUCUGCAGAACCAAAGAGUUCUCCUGGAGAACGUUCUCAGCCAAGUGGAGGAGAAGAAAAUUGGGGUUCAGGCGGCGGGGAAGCAGAUGGAGGAGCGGCUGUUUGAAAUAAAACACGUUCACAGGAAGGUGGAGAAUCAGAUCAAGAUGACCAAGAUGGUGAUUAUCAACGAACUAAACAAACGCAUCAACUCUCUGCUGGAGCAGCUCGAGAAAAUCACAAGUGAAAAGCAGCACAAGUUUGAGCAGCAGCUUCAGUCCGUUCUGGUUCUGAACCGGCAGCUGGAACACGUCCAGAACUUCGUGAACUGGGCCACGUACGGCAAGAACAGCAUCCCCUUUCUGUUCAGCAAGGAGCUGAUCGUCUUCCAGAUGCAGCGCCUCCUGGACACCGGCUGCGGGACGGACUUCGCACGCCCCUUGAAGCUGAAGUUCAGUUGGGAGCCGUCCUAUUGGAGCAAACAGAUCGCAAAUUUAGGUACCAUAUUGAUGGAUGGAGCCCCUGCUGCUCAGACGGAGGUCCCAAGCUACGGCCCGGCGGAAGAGGCGCAGUCCCUCUAUUACCCAGCCCACUACCCGCCUGGGACCCCCCACCCGCCUGGGACCCCCCACGCCGGGGCUAUCCCUAACCCGCAGACUUUGCCCUCCAGCGUCCAGUGCCAUACCCCGGUGUGCUGCGCCCACUGCUAUACUUUGCCGUCAGUCACAAAGGGUCAAACUGCCAACAGCAGCGGCAAUCAGCCAAUCCCCUACACCCAUCCCGGCGGAGCGAAGCACGCGCAGGUCCACCCGGCGCCGUAUAACCCGGGCAAAGAGCAGCGGUGCACCUCCCGGCCGGUGAGGGUCAUUCAGCCGUGGCUCCCUCACCAGCCGCAGGCGGACCACGAGAACCCCACGUUCUGGCCGGAGAACCAGCAGCCGAAGCCGCAGACCGCGCCGCAGACCGUGCCGCAGACCGUGCCCAGCGCGCCGCCCGUUUGCUCCGUGACCACCCAAGACUUUGGCCAAGUGCACAACGUGCUGAGCGCGCCGUCUCUACAGGCGCCGUCCGUGCAAAUGCAGCUGGGUCCGGUGCACAGCGUCAACCACGUCCCGCAGCAGCGACACCAGGUUCAGCCCCAGACCCCCCUGUGCCCCGGCGAGGGGGUCCACGAGCAGGUCGUGCACCACAGCCUGGACAUCAUCAACCAGCAGUUUGAGCUGGAACAGAUGCAGAAAGGUCUAGAACUCCUUCUCCAGAGCCAGCCGUCCAGCGGGCAGCUCAACCAGAGCAAGCAGCCGCAGCACGUCCAGCAGACCAUAGUGGGCCAGAUAAACUACAUCGUGCGCCAGCCGGCCGCCGUGCCCAUGCAGUCCCAGGAGGAAGUGCCGCAGGUUUGCGAUGACGUCAUAUCGCCCGACGCUCACACCGUGGACCUGUCGCCCGUGGCGGCCGCUUCCCCCGGUAACAUGCAGACGCAGUCUAUCGCCGAUGAGAUCAUCGCCGCCGUGGAGAACGACGCGUGCCGGAUGAACCAGUUCUCUGCCAAUCCAGUAAGGAAGCGCUCAGCAUCCGUGGGCUUCCCGAAUACGUCCGACCUGGAGUUCUCCUCCCCGAGGCUGUCCCGCUCCGCGGACCCCCAGAUGCAGCCUCUCUCCUGCCAGUUUUUUGCUCAGCCCCCCGAGCGGCCGUACUCCCCCGUCACGCCGGACGCCGAGAGGAUUCCGGGCUACGGCAGCGUGGAGGCAGGUGUCUCCGACGCGCUACACCUGGGUCCCGUGGAUACCAUGGCAACCAGCAUGACCCUCAUGGGAAACGCCAUCUGCAAGGUAGAGAAUGAGGAUUACAGCUGUGGAAACGGCCGCGUGAACCCCGACGCGGGGAGCGAAAACGCAAACACCCUGAGCAGCCUCGUUUUACCGUUAGAAAAUAUGUUCGAAGAGCCGAUUAAUCUGUCCGUUAAGAAAUCCGCCCCCCCUGACCCGGCGCCACGGAAGAGCGCGACCCGGCAGCCACCCGUCCCCUUAAAACAACCCAAACACGAAUCAGAGGAAACCCCCGGUUUUCAGAUGAAUUUUACCGAAGACGUUAAACCCAACGAAAACCCAAACAGGUCGGAAGCGAAGGAAACUAAGAUCCCUUACGUGCGUUUGGAGAGGCUGAAGAUCUGCGCCCCCGCUUCCGGAGAGCUCCCCGUCUUCAAGGUGCAGCCGCCGAAAAAAGACGAGGACGAUGGCUCGCUGCGUUUGCUCGUUCAGUGCGGGGCCAAAUCCAAGACCAUGUCCAUAAAGGUAAAUCCAGAAAGCCCAUUCCCUCCCCCGCUAGCCACGGACACGACCCCGCAGCCCACAGCGCCUUAUAGGGCAGAGUCCUUUCCUCAAAUGCCCCCAAGGUCGCUUCAUCAACUACCCCAGCAAGUGAAACCCUAUUCCAGGGCAAGUUCCCUGGCUGGGAGUUCUCAGGAGUGCAGGAACCCCCUGGAGCUUCCCGCUGGUCCGAUGAACGACCGGCCGCCAGAAUCCAAGGGCCACGGCGGGCCCCCGGCGAUGAAGACUUCCUCUGAAGCCGCGAGGCAGAUCGAGAACGAGGACUUCUGCGCCGUGUGUUUGAAUGGCGGGGAGAUGCUUUGCUGUGAUAACUGCCCCAAAGUGUUUCACCUCUCCUGUCACGUCCCAGAGCUGUUCAGCUUUCCAGGCGGUGAGUGGGUCUGCACGUUAUGCCGAAAUCUGACCAAACCCGAAGUGGAAUACGACUGCGAUAACACCCGGUACAGCCGCGAAAACAGGGCCGCCGACGGGGAGAAUCUGCCAAAACUGGAUGAAUAUGACCAGAGACGCUGCGAGAAGCUGGUGCUCUCCCUGUAUUGCAGUAACCUGAGUGUUCCCUUCCAGGAGCCCGUCAGCCCUUUGGCACGUCACUAUUUCCAGAUAAUCAAACGGCCGAUGGAUCUGUCCAUUAUCCGGAAGAAGCUGCAGAUGAGGAGCGCCCCCCAUUAUUCCUCCCCCGACGAGCUGGUGUCCGACAUCAGACUCAUGUUCUGGAACUGCGCAAAGUUUAAUUACCCGGAUUCGGAGGUGGCGGUCGCCGGCCGGAAGCUGGAGUUGUUUUUCGAGGACAUGGUGAAGGAGUCGUUCCCCGGCAGGAUCUUUCCUUAUCCCCAGGAAGACGACUCGGACGCCGAGGACACGGACAGCGAGAACUGCCCCCUAAACCUCAGAGGGCUCCCCUGGCUGCCCUACGGGCCGGAGCACAUGCAGCCCAAACGCAGGCGGCGCCACACGCUCAGCCACAGGGCCAAGGACUUCACCCUGUGCUAAACCACCAGGCGGCGGUGUCUGGGGCCGA